AUGCAGUCUGACACUUUGUUGGACGUGGCGAACUUCAGCACGCUCUUUGUCUGCAUGGUGCUCAAGUUCCCGCAGAUAUUUGUCUUGAUCCGAGCCAAGUCCUCCGCUGGAGUCAGUCUCAACGCUCUGCUGCUGGAACUUAUCGGAUACAUCGUGUUUGUGACGUACCAGAUGUACUAUGACUACCCUCCUCCCACGUACCUGGAGUAUCCCAUUCUCAUCGCUCAAGACGUGAUGCUUCUGCUGCUGAUGCUCCAUUACGGCGGCUGUUUGCGUCAGAGCCUGGUCUACUCGCUCCUGUUUGUCGGGGGCUGGAGGCUGCUCACCGUGGAUAAGAUGGUCAUUGACACGGCUAUGAGUCUGUGCACGGUCAUCAGUGCUGCCAGUAAAUUAACCCAGCUUCAGUGUCUCUGGAAGUCACAGGACGCAGGACAAGUCAGCGCUCUCACCUGGGCGUUAGCGACCUACACCUGUGCAGCCCGUAUUUACACUGCCACAGUCACUACAGGCGACAUGCUGGUCCUGAUCCGCUUCAUAGUGAUGACCCUGUUAAACAUAUGGGUGCUCCUCACAAUCAUUUACUACCAGAGACAGCGCAGCCCAAAGAAAGAAGACUGA